CCACCCGCGUGUCCUGUGCUAUGAGCGUUCGGCGUGACUUCUCCGCGAGCAGUUGCAAAUGAAAAUGGAGGAUAUGUCUUUGUCUGGCCUGGAUAACAGCAAACUGGAGGCCAUCGCGCACGAGAUCUACACGGACCUGGUGGAAGAUGCCUGCCUGGGCCUCUGCUUCGAAGUCCACCCGGUCAAGUGCGGCUACUUCUUCCUGGACGACACGGACCCCGACAGCAUGAAGGACUUCGAUCGUGACCAGCCCGGCGUGGACAUCUUCGGGCAGGUCUACAACCAGUGGAAGAACAAGGAAUGCGUGUGCCCCUACUGCAGCCGCAGCAUCGCCGCCUCCCGCUGCCCCCACCUGGAGAAGUGCCUGGGCAUGGGCCGCAACAGCAGCCGCAUCGCCAACCGGAGGAUCGCAAGCAGCAACAACAUGAACAAGUCAGAGAGCGACCAGGAGGACAACGACGACAUCAACGACAACGACUGGUCCUACGGCUCCGAGAAGAAAGCAAAGAAGAGGAAAUCAGAUAAGAACCCCAACUCGCCCCGCAGGUCCAAGUCCCUGAAACACAAAAAUGGCGAGAUCGGCGGGAACCCUGAUCCCUUCAAGUACAGCAACUCGGCAGGAAUCAACUAUGAGACACUGGGUCCCGAGGAGCUGCGGACGCUGCUCACCACGCAAUGCGGGGUCAUCUCUGAGCACACCAAGAAGAUGUGCACCAGAUCCCUGCGGUGUCCCCAGCACACAGAUGAGCAACGGAGAUCGGUCCGGGUUUACCUCCUUGGUCCCUCUGCGUCCCUGCCCGAGGCGGAGGGCAGCGUGGAGAACGACAGCUUCGAGGUGGCGGAGAGCCAGGCCAUCAUGAGCCGGCUGCAGUGGGACGGCUCCUCCGACAUCUCGCCCUCCGACUCAGCCUCCUCGAAAGCCAGUACAAACAACUCCGAGUCCCGCAAGACCAAGAAGAAGAAGCCCCACUUGGGGCUGGUGAGCGGCGCCCCAGGGCUCGGCUCCAGCAAGAAGAAGAAGCCCAAACCCCCCGCGCCCCACACCCCCAGCAUCUACGACGACAUCAACUGAGCCCAGCGGAGCUGAUGGUGGGGGGGACGGACAGACAGACGGACACAGGCCGGGGCAGCCCCUCCCGCCCCGGCUGGGGCAGCCCCGCGAUUCGGACACAAAGCGGGUACCCGGGGCGCGGAGGAUGGAGGACUUGGCCAUCGCUGCAGGCGGUGGGGUGGGGGUGGGGGGCUGGACUUGGGAGCCCCCAUUAGUGCCCCCCUUCCUUCCGCCCCCCCACCCCGGUGCCUCUAUUUAUUCUGUGACAUAGUUUUUGUACGUGGGGCUCCCAUCAGGGUUCUGAGGGGGCUUCUCGCUUGGAGAUGGGGGCACAACCCACGCUUCCUUUCCCACUGCCCACCCAAAAACCAGCUGCGCCCCCUCCCACAUGCGCUCCUCCAGAGCACCCUUACCCCAGCGGGGCGGGGGGCACCCGGGCCCCCAGGGCAGGUCCGAACCUGGGCGAUGGAGGUGCAGAUCCCUCCUGCCCCAGGGGUUUGGGGUCACCCCCCAGCCUAGGGCUGCUCCCCCUCUCCAUGCCCCGGGCUGGCACUCGCUGGUCGGGCUGGCUCAGGAUGGGGGGAGCAUGGUGGAGGGGGCUUUUUCCUGCUCAGAAGAGCCAAGUAGGGACCCCCAUACACCCCCAAUCUGCUGUAAGCAGCUGGAUUUGGCUGCUGGGGGUGUUUGGGGCCUGGCACUGCCUGCACAGGGCUUGCCUGGGUCACGGCUGGGGGGGGUCUGCAUGCUGCAUCCUUCAUGUUUGGGGCUGUUUGUGGGGGACACCCUGGGCUACGUCCCCAGCUCGGUGCAGGGGGAGCUGCUGUGACCUUCCCUGCUCCAAACUGGCCUCUGUGUGGGGAGGGGGGACCCCAACCUGCCAGGGACAUCCCCUGUGCCUGGCAGGGCUGGGAAAUGCACCGUACCUCCACAGCCAGAGUGUGACCUGGGGGGGGACACAGCCCAGCUUGGAGGCAACGCCCCCCCUGCUUCGUAUCCCCAGGCUGCUGGCCCAGGACAGCUCUGCGUCCCCAUCCCCACAUGCCUGGGGACCUGCUGCUGCAGUCAGGGGGGGUCCUUUGGGACCCCCCCCAACAGCUCUGGCUAGUGUUUGUACCCCCAUGGACUCCAGUCUUUGGCUGGGGGGGGGCCGGGACCAGCGCCCCGCUGUGCGGGCCUGGGGAGGACAGGUCCCUCUGGCCAGAUCCAGGUCUCCCACAGCCCAGUGAUAACCCCCCCUGCUUCCAGCUGUUUUCCAUCACAGGGGCUGUCAGGGACAGGGUUGGCUCAGUCCCCUCCGUUGUACCCCUCCAAUGGCUGUCUGACACCCCGAGUUCAGCUAUAUGUCCCUGGGGGGGGGGGCUGCUUCUGUUGUCCCCUCCCUGCCCUGAUGCCAUGGUGGGGUGGCUACUCCUUUUGGUGGGUCUUGCAAAUUAUGGUGCUCUCGACUCUGGAUUCACUAUUGUUUUAAAACUGCUGCUAAAGGCUAGUGCUGUGGCAGGACCUGGGGGAGGGUCCCCAUGGAGCCCUGGGCACCCCAAACCCCCCGGGGGGGACCCCCAGCUGCGUGGGGACCCCUGCACGGUCCCUCCCCGCUGCAGUCGGCGGUAGCUCCCAGCAUGGCUUUUGGGCUGGGGGGGGGGCCUGGCCACUGGAGCACGCUGAGCUGGCCUUUGCGUGCCCCGGGGCCUGAGGACAGGAGUCCAGGCACCCAGAAACGUGGGGGACCACCCUGGGCACCCCCCCCCCCCCCCGCAAACCGCCUGGGGAGGGCACGGUGACUGGGGGUGAGCGGACACAGCCUGAGCUCCUCCGGCUGCGAGAGAGGUGCCGCAAUUUGGGGUCCAAGGGGUGUAAUGGGGCUGGGGGGGGGCUUGGAUAUGCCCUGUCGUCCCCCCCCCGCCACAGGUCCGUGUCUUUGCCCAUGUGGCAGAGCUGGUGGCCGCCUGGGGCUCUCCUGGGCUUGAGACUUGUAUUUUUGCGCACGUACUCCAUCCCGUACGGGUAGUUGAGCCGUUGUAAGGUCUGUGUGUCCCAUUAGUGGGUUGUGGCUGCCCCUGUAAAUAAAACUGCAUCUUGACUUGGUA